CCGCCUCGCCGCCCGGCCCCUUUGCAUUGCGCAUGGGCCCUCCCCGCCGGGUGGCCAUGUUGCAGCCCUAGCAGCCAGCGCAGAGGCGGCGGCGGGCCGGGGAGCGAAGCGAAGUGCACCGCGAUGGCCGUGGCCGUGGGGAGACCGGCGAACGAUGACCUUAGGAACCUGUCCCUCUCUGGCCAUGUGGGCUUCGACAGCCUCCCUGAUCAGCUGGUCAACAAGUCAACGUCGCAGGGCUUCUGCUUCAACAUCCUCUGCGUGGGCGAAACUGGCAUUGGCAAGUCAACGUUGAUGGACACUCUGUUCAAUACCAAGUUUGAAAGUGAACCUGCGACGCACAAUGAGCCCGGUGUGAGAUUGAAAGCCAGGAGUUACGAGCUCCAGGAGAGUAACGUCCGUCUGAAGCUGACUAUUGUCGACACAGUUGGAUUUGGCGAUCAAAUUAACAAAGAUGACAGCUACAAGCCUAUAGUAGAAUAUAUCGAUGCGCAGUUUGAAGCCUACUUGCAAGAAGAGCUGAAGAUCAAACGGUCCCUGUUCAAUUACCACGACACCAGAAUUCACGCCUGUCUGUAUUUCAUUGCACCAACCGGACACUCGCUGAAGUCCCUAGACUUGGUCACCAUGAAGAAGCUUGACAGUAAGGUGAACAUCAUCCCUAUCAUUGCCAAGGCUGACACCAUUGCAAAAAAUGAGUUGCACAAGUUCAAGAGCAAAAUCAUGAGCGAGCUGGUGAGCAACGGCGUCCAGAUCUACCAGUUCCCGACAGAUGAAGAGACGGUGGCGGAGAUAAAUGCCACGAUGAGUGUCCAUCUUCCUUUUGCUGUGGUUGGCAGCACUGAAGAAGUGAAGAUCGGCAAUAAGAUGGCAAAAGCGAGGCAGUACCCCUGGGGUGUUGUGCAGGUUGAAAACGAAAAUCACUGUGACUUUGUGAAGCUGCGGGAGAUGCUGAUCCGAGUGAACAUGGAGGAUUUGAGAGAGCAGACGCACACCCGACACUACGAGCUGUACAGGCGCUGCAAACUUGAAGAGAUGGGGUUCAAGGACACGGAUCCAGACAGCAAGCCGUUCAGUCUCCAAGAGACUUAUGAAGCAAAGAGGAACGAAUUCCUGGGUGAGCUCCAGAAGAAGGAGGAUGAAAUGAGGCAAAUGUUUGUCAUGCGAGUGAAGGAGAAGGAAGCAGAGUUGAAGGAAGCAGAGAAAGAUCUUCACGAAAAGUUUGACCAUCUAAAGAGGACUCACCAAGAAGAGAAGAAAAAAGUGGAAGACAAAAAGAAGGAACUUGAGGAAGAGCUGAACAACUUUCAGAAGAAGAAGGCAGCAGCUCAGCUAUUACAGUCACAGGCUCAGCAGGCAGGUUCUCAACAAACCAAGAAAGACAAGGACAAGAAAAAUGCAAGCUUCACAUAAAGCCUGUCAAGCCAAGGAUGUUCCUGCAUUCACCUGCUUUUGCAGUAAUGUGUCUCUGCCAUCUGUUUUCUUUCUUUUUUUAUUUUUUUUUUAUUUUUUAACAUGAAUAACUAUUAACUCAUCAAUAACACAGUGGGAACAAGGAGGAAGAAGGAUUGGGUACAGGACUGUAUGCAACUGGAAGUUCAGGGGCGGGUGGAGGGGCAAGGUAAUGAUACCAUGUAUUUUUCUGGUCAAAACCAGCAGCAGUAAAUAAUUUUUGGCCUUAAGUUCGAGCUGAGGGUCAGAGUUGGAUGUCAGCAACUCGGGUGAGCGUCAUUGGGUGGAUCAGGUCCUUGGUGCCGCUAGCCUGCCUGGCUCUCGGGGGGCUGGCUGCGAUAGCCCUGUGCUGAAGGGGGGGUUCCUGGGGCCACAGAAAUCAGCGGUCCGAGGUCACAGCCCAGUCCCCAGUGUGGCUAAACCCUGGAGUUUAGUCCAACGUAUAUUCCUUCAAUAGCUAAUGAGUUAGAGCAAUAUGAGUCCCGCUGCUGGGGGUUGUGGGGGGGGGGGGUGUAUGUGUGUGUAGAUAACAAAAGUAUAACUGACCUUGCAUGCCGUUACAUUUGCAUGAUAUUUUUUAUUAGUUCCUGUUUUUGUUGUCUGACUUGAUCAUACUAGUGGGCUUGGAUUUGUUGUCAUGUGCUGGCAUAUUUUUACAGCCGCCCUUCCGGUUCCGUGUAGUAGCUACCCGCUGAAUGCUGCGGUGGGAACCCAGCGGCGCUGCAGGUGCCUGGGAGAAGGACGGUUUCUCAUUAUGGCUUCCCCUGUGUUACUUGCCUGACCGUAACCUUUGACGCCUCACUUAAAAUAGUACCUGGUUUCCCACGUGCAUCACCUUAGCAAGACUUAGCGGCCCUUAGGGAAUCAAAUGCCCGGGGAGGGGGGGGACACCAUAGCCUUCAACGUUCUCGUAGAGCCUUCAGGAGGAUUUCUGCACAAACUUAAACACUUGCAAAGCCGUGGGAUCCCGAAUUUCAUGUUAAGGGCGAGAGGGUGUCUGGACCCUCCAUGUUACCACCAGCCCCCCUGCCCCAGGGACAGCGUCCCAUUCGGAUGUCCCUUGAAAUCUAAGACGAUUUAACGUACACCAGGCCUCGCUCUGUGGCCAGCACGGUGUGGAAAUUGGUCCGUUUAAUGUGUAUUUUCUAUGCCAUUGCUUUUCGGACAGGGUCUUUCCCUUCCUUCCCAAGAAGUGGCGGGCCAUGCUUACCUUAUGACUUCUGGAUUUCUUUCUCUUCUGCUGAUGUACAGCCAGCAUUUCCACUGCUCCUAGCUAGGUAGUCUACUCUUUCUUUCUUUAAAGCACUCUUAAAAAAUAACUUUCUCCACCUAAGUCUUACGCACUGCAGUUCUUUGCUUGUUUCUGGGAUGGAAUUUCUGCCCCUCUGGAGGAAAAAAAAAAAAAAAGGCAGUACUAUCACUGUUUCUGAAGUGUUGGAUUGAGAAACGUUUGGGGGUUAGCUUUUGGGCUGUCUUGCCUUUUAACCCUCACUGCUUAAACAUGGCUUUGGGAAGAGGAGAUCUAACUAAGAUGCCUUGGUCAGAUAGCAAAAAUCUAUUGGAGAUAAAUAAGCUGGAAAUAAAAUAGUUGAACCUUUUCUCUUUUUUUUUUUUUUUUUUUUGUUUGGGUUGGGCUUUGGCUUUUUUCCCCUUAAAUCACACGUCCUGGUCUUAACAACCAUGCUGCGCUUUUUGCCAGGUUAAGCAGGUUUGCUAGGGGGUUAUUUGGAAAAAUGAAAGUAUGGUUCUUGUGGCUUCUGGCAAACCCAGCUUUAAAAUGUUAUCAAGGAAGAAUUUUGUGUUUUGGCAUGUUUUGUUUUUGUUUUGUUUGUUUGGUUUUUUUUUUACAGUCACAUCAUAUGCACAUCACUGAAUGCUUGUGGCAGUAUGCUUUGCUUCAGCUAUCUCUGUGCGUGUCCUCUUUUUAUUAACCAGCAUUUUGUGCCAAGUAGAAGACUUAAUUUUAGCAUUUAUUUGUCCUGCUUCCUUUAACAGCCCUUCAAGGGACGUUUGGCAGGGGAAAUCAGCUGAGUCUGGCUAUAAUUUUUUUUUUUUUUUUGACAGAAAGCUGUGGCCAAGUGCAUUAAUGUAUUUUUGGUUGGGUUUCUUUCUCCAGCAAAAAGCGAGCUGUUUUGGAGAAACUGGGAAUGAACUGUAAGCUUUAAAAAGCUAAAGGUGCUGUUUUGGUUUUUUGCCAGAGGAGAGAUGUAAAUGACUUUUUUUUUUUUUUUCCUCCUUAAACCCUGGGCCAUGUUUAGCUUGUUACUGCUGGCACUUCUUUCUCCUCUUCACUUAGGCCUUUUUCCGCAGUAGCCCCUGAUUCUGCAUGGAGUAAAUGAUACACUCAAAUCUAGUUGGAUGUGCUUUCACCUUGCAUGUAAGUACAGCAGCAAGAGACUCCCCCUUCCUGCCUCACUACUGAUAUGAAA